AAGGGUGGGGUCCCGCGGAGCGCUCCUCGGGCGCGCGGCCUGUAGAUAGGGAGCUCCGGCGACCGCCGACGGGUCAGUCCACGGCGCGGGCGGCAACUACGUGGAUCUCCAAGCGUCUCGCUAGAGCUCUCUCUCUACAAGAGUCCCACGCCCCGCAGACAUCCGCGUGGGCCUUGCUGUGCCACUGGUGGGAAGGCCUCGCCAGUCUCGAGGUGACAAGAACUGCGGAGGGUGACGCGCGGCUUGCAGAGCCUGGUCGCCGCCAUGCUGCUGUCUGCGCUGGUGCCGGUUGUUUACCUCGCCAUGCUGACCCUGCCGGCCGCGUCGGGCGAGCACGCGCCCAGGAGCGCGUGGGCUUGGAGCUGGUCGUGCCAGGCGGGCGCGUGCGUGCGCUCCAACGAGACCGUCCCAGAAGGCUCCGGGGAGACGCCGCUGGAGGUGUGCCGGCUGACGUGCGGCGACUAUGGCGCGCUCUGGCCUCGCCCCACCGGCCCCACGACGCUGGGCGGCCGCCUCGUCGCCGUGCACCCCUCCCGGGUGCAGUUCCACCUGCUCGAGGCGGAGGGCCCGGCGGAGCUGAAUGAGCUGGUGAUGGUGGCGCGCGGGCGGUUCCUCGCCUCGCUGGAGGCGGCGUGCGGCGGCAACUGCAGCCUGGCCGCCGACACCGCGGCGCUCGUGGUGCGCCUGGCCGUCGACUCGCCGUCGCUCGCCCUCGACUGGGCCACGGACGAGAGCUACUCCCUCCAGGUCGCCGCCAGAGGCUCGCAGGUGACGGCGCAGGUGCGCGCCGCCACGGGGUUCGGGGCCCGCCACGGCCUGGAGACGCUGGCGCAGCUGGUGGCCGCGACGGGGCGGCCGGCCCGCCUGCUGAUGGCGGGCGAGGCGCGCGUGGCGGACCGCCCCGCCUUCCCGCACCGCGGCCUCCUGCUGGACACGGCGCGCAACUUCCUGCCCCUGGCGGACUUGCGGCGCACCGUGGGCGCCAUGGCCGCCUGCAAGCUCAACGUGCUGCACUGGCACGCCACGGACAGCCAGAGCUUCCCGCUCGAGUCGGAGCACGUGCCGCAGCUGGCCAGGCACGGCGCCUACUCGGCGCGCGAGACCUACUCGGCGCGCGACCAGGCGGAGCUGGUGCGCUACGCGCGCGCGCGCGGGGUGCGCGUCUUGCUGGAGGUCGACGCGCCCUCCCACGCCGGCAACGGCUGGCAGUGGGGCCCCGCCGAGGGCCUGGGCGCGCUGGCCGUGUGCGUGAACCGCCAGCCAUGGCGCAGCUUCUGCAUCCAGCCGCCGUGUGGCCAGCUCAACCCGGCCAACCCGCGCCUCUACGGCGUGCUGGGCGAGCUGUACCGCGACCUGCUGGGCCGCUGGCCCGCCGGCGAGGUCUUCCACAUGGGCGGCGAUGAGGUGUUCUUCGCGUGCUGGAACAAGAGCGCCGAGGUGGUGGGGUGGAUGGAGUCGCGUGGGCUCGGCCGCUCGCAGGCGGACUUCCUGCAGGUGUGGGGCGAGUUCCAGGAGCGCGCCCUCCAGGAGUUCGACAAGGCUGCCGGCCACCUCAACAACUCCAUCGUCAUGUGGUCCAGCCAGCUCACCCAGCCGGGCGUCAUCCAGAACUACCUCAGCAAGGAGAGGUACGUGAUCGAGACGUGGGUGGAGGCCGACGACCCGCUGCCGCGGGCGCUCAUGGCCCUGGGCUACCGCCUGAUCCUCGCCGUGAAGGACGCGUGGUACCUGGACCACGGCUUCUGGGGCCGCACGCGCUACCACGACUGGCGCGCCGUGUACGACACGCGGCUGCCCGGGGACCGCGCGGUGCUGGGCGGCGAGGCGGCCAUGUGGUCGGAGCUGGUGGACGGCGCGGCACUGGACGCGCGCGUGUGGCCUCGCGCCGCGGCGCUGGCCGAGCGCCUGUGGAGCGACCCGGCCGAGCCGAGCGCGCGCGCCGAGCCGCGCCUCCACGCGCAGCGCGAGCGGCUCGUGAGGCGCGGCGUGCGCGCGGACGCCCUGGCGCCCGCCUGGUGCGUGCACAACGAGGGCGAGUGUCGCUAGCUCACACUCACCUCCCGACUUCUUUCCGCCCGCUCCGUGAGUUGUGAGUUCUAACCCAGUUAUUCUCCACGUCAUGUUGUCUUCAGAUGCUGAAGAUACCGCAGCGCCGGGGGAAGUCCUUGUUUAACGCAGCAGCAUCAGGGGAUGAGUCUUCAUCAUGUCGUCGCUUCCAAGAAUUCCUGUUGGGGCUACACGGGGACGCACCACAACGCCGAAAUACCACAACGCCGAACGUACAAUAACGCCGAAUACCAUAACGCCGAAUUCCAAAUUGACCACAACGCCGACGACCCGAAAACUGCUGUGUACCACAACGCCGAAUGACCACAACGCCGAAAUACAUUAACGCCGAAAAAUUUCAUUGCAGUACUGCCACAAAAACAAACUCAGAAGAAAGUCACUAAAUAUACUGAAAGAGAAUUUAAAUGUACAAAAACGCCGAAAUACCAUAACGCCGAAUUCCACCAACGAAUCUACAAUAUGACCAUAACGCCGAAACCAUUAUAUGACCAUAAGGCCGAAACCAUUAUAUGACCAUAACGCCGAAACCUCAAUGUGACCAUAACGCCGAAAUUCUAAUAUGACCAUAACGCCGAAACCAUAACGUGUUGCCUACCUGCCAGGCAUUGAAAUGCUGUAUUCGUAAGAUAAGCGCACUCUCUUGCAACUGUGAAGCUAAAAAUUAUACACUUUCUUAUUUUUUAUAGGGCAAAUGGAACAUUGAUCGAAAUAAAAUAUAUUUUUUAAAUAAUAGUUUUUUUUUUUACAAUUCAAGGUCAGAUUUAAUGUUUUUUAUUUCGAAAAUGCGACGUUUUUACAAGGGUUUCAAGAAGAGUAGGCGGCCUUUGAAAUGUCAGCUCCUUAGAGUUGAUUUGAGGAAAUAAAUUAAAUAUGAAGUAGCGCCGGGAAUUAUGGGCAGGAUAAACACGAGAUCCCGAAAAAAAAUUGCCAACUUUCGUUGAAAAUCUGGAAGUAAAUUGGACCCGGAUCGCUUUGGUGAGAGGCUAAUGCUGUAGCUAACCUCCAUUCUCGCAGGUACUAAUAUAUUAUUCGAUUCUGAAUUACGUAGUUAUAACAAAAAUGAUAUGGUUACCGCUUAAAGUCCCGUAGGUACACGCUGCACAAUGAAAACGCUGCAUGCUCGUUCAAUUGCUUGUACGUGAAGGGCGACUCAGAGUUGGAGGCACCGUGGAUAAGGACGGUAUAUAGAUUUAGUGUCUCAUUCACACAAGUAACCUAUGAGUGGACGAGCGUCUUAAACAUUUGUCUCAAUAAGUGUAGUAGUUUGUAGUUCGUAAUUUACACAUAAAGUAUUUAUUUAAAAUGUACGCUUUUUGCAAAUAGAGCACCACUUGUCUGCAAAAAAAGUAUUAUACCAUUUUAGGCUAUUUUCAUACAAUUCUUUAUGUGCAUAAAUUUAAACACUAUUUGAUUCAUUGUUAUAAAAUAAUGUAGAUAGGCUAUACAUAAUUGUAUAAUAGUGUAGAAAUAAUAAGAGAUUCUUUAAUACCAAUAAGCCUACUAUAUUUUCUUUAAAAAAAUUAUAACUACUGUAAAACUACCUGGCAUUUCCCUAAGGAGCUCGCCUACAUGUGCCUAAACUGCACUGUAGCAUGUCAGAGUAAUUUUUUUACAGAUUUAGUUAAGUGUCUUUAUGCUGUUUAUCUACGAAAAAACCCACACUUCUUUCAAGAAAACAGGCGCAAUAUAAAAACCUUUACUUCGCGUCUAAAUAGCCAAAAAUGGGGUGUUUAGGGUGCUAUUUCAGAAAAUUUACUAUCUGGAUACAAAUGAAACUACUUAAGGGCGUUGCAAUAGGCGGGCCCCUUAAAUGCGUUCAAGUGUGAAAAAUUCACAGUUUGAUGUUUAUUAUAAAUAACGUUAAUUCUGUAUACAUUAGUUGUAAGCACAGUUUGCAUAUUUUUGUCAAAACAGCUUGUUAAACACUAAAUAUGCAUGUUACAGGAGCAUACAAUCAGUAAAAAAAAUAUUAAAUUAUUCAGAAUGAAAUUACGUGCGAUAGACAAUAUGCUGAAAUAUACCCAUAACAAUAUAAUUUCUUUAUUUUUUUAUAAUUGCUGCGUUUUCGAAAUUUUUUGUAAAAUACGAGGUUCUUCUGGUAUUCAUAUGAUAGCUAUCUUUGGGUUAUUAUAUCCAGUUACGUGAAGUUAUUUAAGGUGGUCGUUUAGACCGGCCGCUAUAAAUACUGUGCAGAGCUUCAGCAGUUCACGUAUCACACAAGUGUACCGCGUUUGUGCUCGGCACUUGCUACCAAUACCACUUAACAUAUGUUACACGUGUUCCUAGACCAUUGCCUGCUUAUACAAUCCUUUAUAUAAAUAACCUCUUUUGGAAACUUAAAAUGGCUAAAAUGGUUAUUUUCACAGUCAAUUUUAGGUUUGAAAAUACAGUUUCACUGACUUGAAAAUGGUUUAGGAACGUACAACAAACCUUCAUAUUUAAUAUUUCGUCAUAAAAUGAUAGGAUACCCACUGAAAUUGCCUUAGAGGGGAGUCUUCGACAAUGUUGCUGCAUGUCAGAAGACCGCCUGGCGGAUAUAGGCGUUAGGACCUUGAUGCGCGUGACUGUAUCGCUCUUAGCUGUCCUGCCCUUCCCACGCCUCGAACAUUAAAAAAAUACCCGCUGUCAGGCGGCCACCUUAAAUCGUUGCGCAAUAUUUAGGAUUCCUGCGUACAACUGUUAGUUCAUUUUCAAGGUAGGCCGUUCACGGUAAAGUUGACACUUUGAAAAUAACUUAUAUUUGAAUAACAACCAAGAUUAUAUUUCGUGGAGGUUUCGAACAUAUAAUUUUUGUUGGGUUGAAAAAACAGACUAUCUUGAAUAGAAAAAUAUAAAUAUUUAGCAUAAAUGAGUAGUGAAAGGAUACAAAUUGAUCGAGAGAAAAAAGUAACCAGGUGCUCAGAAGUGUUAAAUUUACCGUGAACAGUCUUCAGUUUAAUUAGUAUAUGGAAUAUAUAUAUAUGUAUGUACAUAUAUACAUACAUAUAUAUUUUUUGGCUUGUACAGGACCCUAACGGCAAUAUCCCUGUGCUUAUGGCGUACUUCUGCUGAUAAGUAUUCAUGCCUACCUGGCAUGAGAAAGUCUAAGGCAGUCACUUUUAUGAUUUUGUGUAUAUAUAUCGCUACUCCAACACCUGAUUUUACAGUGAUUCAAUCUCAUUUAUGAACGUCUUUAAAAGCGCAGAGGGCAUGCUAACGUUCCUUACACUGGACACAUUUAAAAUACACUUUCAUUUUGUUGAUAUGUUAUUUAAAAAUCAAUGCUCAAACGAUACAAUUACAUAAAUGUUACAAAUACACAAAAACACUCCUAAGUGGCAGACUUAGUGCUAAUAUAAAAAAUUACAAUUCUAUUACGUUCAUGUACACUCACACCCACAAUUAUACAGAUCUGAAUAAACAUUUUGCGGAAUUUCAGUGUCAUCCCCUCAGCCAUGGGAUGACUAAUCUGAUGUCGGUAAACUGUUCCAAGCUUAUGACGCGACAGUAGUUGAUGACUUUGAAUAUAAAUUAGUCUUGCAUAGUGGUAUUAACCAUCUAUUGUCACUUUAAGAGCGGUGUUUACAAGGUGAUAAUAAUUCAAAUAUGAAAAUCAAUUUUUUUUUACGUUACCAAGGGUGGAAGAAUUUAGUAGUUUAGCGCCAGUGGUAUGACAGAUCACAACCAGCAUUCGGUAAUUGCGUAAAUCUGUGUGUAUUAUCAUCUAUAGUCUGUAAUAUCCCACACAUCGUUGACUCACUACUAAAUGAACGUUUAUAAUAGUAGUUAUAGUACUUAGUAGUUGAUGGUAGACGUUGUUUGUUUACAAUGUGGGACGUGUACCACCUCCUCCCCCACACUUAGGUCCCUAAACAGGUUUAUGGUAGUGUGAGGAUGGUUCAACCAAAUAUUUUAGAAGAAAAAUAUAGGAAAGUCGUCAAAAAAACGGGCGACACAUUCAGCAGCGCAUUCUGGCGGCCUAGCCUGGACCUACGUUGUAAGCGCAUUUGAGACAAUGUUAUUUUGAUAAUUUUGAAUGGACGUUUUUUCCUUGUUUUCUCCUGUUUGAGUUAUUUAUAAUGACUGGGAAAGUUUGUGCAAUGUUUGGUUGCAAUAAUUACGAUGUAUCUAGCUGUUAGAAGUUGUUUUUUUAGUUUUCCGAAGGCUGAAACUAUAGCCAAAUAUCUUAAUAGGAACUACAAUAUUUGCUAUAGCCAUGUUUACUUGUGUAUGGUUUACAUCAAAUAUUCCUUUUCCACUGUUUAAAAAUGAUAGUGCCUUAUUGGAAACAAUGAUACAUAUUUCAACAUUCAAUGUUUUGAAAUAUUUUUUUUAACCUAUGUUUAAUAGAAUUUUGUUUUUAAAUUUUCAUUGUAUAUUUUUAAAUAUCUUCAAAUUCUUAUUUUUGCACUCCUCUCAUGCUGAAUGACUUAGUUGUCACUGUAGUAUUUCAAGCAGUUUACCAAAAUUAUUGAUUUCAAAAGUUUUAUGUUUAAUUUUCAACAUAAAAAUAAUGUAAAUUAGUUUUAAGUAUUUGGUUAUGUUAAAUAAAUUUAAUUGAGCUAAUUUUUUUUAGUGUUUGGUUGACUUCAAUUAGCAACAUACUUAAUUGUUGUGGUCAUUUUUAAUUUUGGUUCGGGACAAGUCAUAUUCAAUUUUUAAGUUGUUUUUUUUUUUACUUAAGGCAGUUCUUCGAGGAAAUUUUUUUUUCAACUUUCACGGAAUAUUUAUAAAAUAUGUGAUUUACAUGUAAGUAUGUUAAAUAUACAACACCUACAGAAACUAAAUUACGAUUCAUGCUGUAUUGUAAGUUCAGAUUUUGCUUGACUUCAUGUCGCACAAUUGAUUGUUUUUCUCACGCUAUUUUAAAACAUUUUGUUCCAAGAGGUAAUAAAAAUUUGAAAUAUUACAGCAAAAUGCAUUCAUACCUUUGCCGACAAAUAUUUGGUUUAGUAUCUAUUUAACUGCAAAUUUUAAAAGCACACAUCAUUUUAACCUUCUACCUUUUUGUAAUUUAGGCCUAAUCACUGUUAUUUAAUCUAAUAAAUUCAAAUUUAAAGCUGUGCUUAUUAUGAGUAAUUUUCGCACUCUAUUUCUAAUCUAAAAAGUUAUUGCUCUAUAGCAUUUAAAUAUUUCCUACAGUUUUACGUCUCCGCGACGAGAUGAUUGCGCACACACCUUACACAUCAGACAGAGACUGCUGGGAGGAAUCAUCAAGCAUGGCAUUUGUUAAGGAACCGUCCCAUUAUGCGCCUGGAGUGAUAUAGAGAAAUAAUGGAAAACCGAAAUUAAUAUGACCGAAACGGGGAUGAAAACCGAACUCCUUUUGAGUGCAAGUUCACUCCUAGAAGGGUAAAAUAUGCACAAGACUUAUACAGUUAUACAUAGAUAUACUAGGUCCAAAUCGUGGUCCCCCCCCCCCGCCCAAAAAAAUCUAAAUCCGUUCUUGGCUGCUUACUCACUUAUACAGCAGUAUUUGUUUUCGGACACCAAUAAACAGCAGCUUACCAAUAGCCUGGCCUAUUAAAACUGCCUGAAAAAAAAUUAAAUAUAGACAAAUAAGAUAAAUAUAGCUAAAGGUUAGUUGUUAUAAAUCAAAUUAAAAUUCAGUCCAGAGGCAGUUUUUCUAACACUGGAAAGUAAGUCACAUUGCACUGAUAUUCUAGGAAGUUUUCAGUAGUUGUUCUUAUAAUUCUGAGCUGUAUGUUAACAAAAACAUGGCAUAGAAGUACACAACAAUGAAGUCCUUUAUUUUUAAAGCAUACAUUAGUAAAUGUGAGGUUUAUAGUACCUACUUAAUCGACAUAAUCAGCGCCAAUAAAGAUAAAACGGGGUGGGAAUUUAACAAUGGUGGAUCAUAAGGGUGGCAGACGUGGGAGUAUCUCGAUUAAAACUACCGACCACCGGCAAUGUACGCCACUAUCUCUUGUUGGAAAUUCCGAUGUCCACCCCACCGCAAGUCGAACCCAGAUUACCUUGGAUGGAGGCUGAUUUGUCAAUUGCAGAACCACCAAAUAUUCUUCAGGUGUUAGUACUAUAACUGAAUUAAAUGCACCAAUUAAAGUAAAUUUAUAAAAGCCUAAUCAAAUUAACAUCAUAAGAAUUUUACAAUAAACUAAAGGAAAUAUUAUUUAAUGUAAGUACAAUAUGUAUAACAUGCAUUGAAAAAUAUUGCACUGUUAAAAUGCUAUCAUUAAAACAUUUUCUAAAAAGCUAUAACAUGUCUACAUGUCCGCAACAUAUUCGCUAUUUUCUAACGUAUGUUUAAUAAUAGUUAGAUAUACUAAUUGUACGACCGUAAUGCUUUUGCGACACAUUCUUUGCCUUUAUCACUUCUGACUGACUGGCAGGAUUUUAUUUAUAUUAGUACGGCCAGAAAAUAAAAAUAAAUUUUAGCGUUAUUGCUUUUACAGGAUCACUAUGCACGAUAGCUGCACUCUCAAGUUUCGACUUCUGAGCAUACGUUUUCUUCUUGGGACAGUACGAUUGUUUACUUCACCCCAUUGUUGUAACAGAACUAUUAAGACAUCUUAGGCCCAUUCUACAAUGACACAGAUACGGAGACGAAUCCCACGGAACAGAGCUUCUACAAGAGCACGCAGACGGAGACGGACCCGCAUGGACCAGUUCAGCAAUGCUGAGCUCUUCCGUUUAUGUUGCUCCGUUCGACCAAUAUGAGCACGUUAUUUUUUCACUGCUUUUCUCAAGCUACGUUUGUGUUUUCAUUCCUACAACUGAAAAUUGAUUUAUUUUUGUUAAAUUAAUAUAUUUUUAUUUGACAGAAACAAAAUGGAAACAAGUGUUUGUAUUCUUUGCGUGUUUUUCUUCGUGACGAAUUUUAACGAACUGCUGAUUUUCAUGGUUAAAAUAUUUACUAUAUAUAUGACAAGAUGGAGAAAAACUUUAAAAGGAAAUGUUUAAACGUAAGGCGAGGAUAGUUAUGCCUUCCAUUAUAUCGGAAUUCCUUUCCAAAUGGCUAUUUCUAUAUUUCCAGAUAUACUACCGUACAUAUAAUACAAGGAUUUAGAAAGUAAUUAAUUUGAUACUCUUAGUUUUAUGUGACGUCACGCUUGCUAUUUACUGGCUGUUUUUCUUACGGGUCUGUGUAAUUGUAGAAAGAGAAAAAUACGGACGGAACGGAACAACGAUCCGUUUUCGUUUUCGGUCCCGUCUGUUCUGUUACCGUUGCAUUGUAGAACAGGCCUUACUAGAAAAACGUAACGAUUUUUCACUAUACGCACAGUAAUUACUGCAUCACGGCAACGUAUAUUUAUGGCAAACCCAAUAGAAUAUCUGACCUACGCUUUCGAACUGAACAUACAUAUAUUUAGUUUACAUAAAUAUUCACACUGUCGACUACGAAGUUGUCACGUUUUGUGUUCUGGACUUUCCGGCGCUCUUCGUUGACUUGGAAAAGAACAGACGAGUAAGUGACAACAGCGCGCCUUCCUUAGCACACUGGCCGCUCCAAGCACCUCCUAGCAGAGCACUCCACGCAUUCUAGCGGGCUCUUCGGAAGCAACGUUUACCCUCGCGGUAUAGAGAAUAGUUUGUUCUUGAGCUCAUGCACAAACCAAUUACCUUUCUUGAACGCAGUAAACGUACGAACGGGACCUAACUCUAGCUUUAUCAGUUUACAUACAUGCUAUUUUACAAAUUCGUUGCUACGCUUUAAUAAGAUAAAUUUAUAAUUAGGUGCAUAAAAUUUACAGUAGCCAAGUAAAUAAUAUUUAAUUUAUUAUUUAUUGCAAUCACACUAAAUUAUAUCUAUGCUAGGCUCAAGAUAAAGCCCCUGGGAAUGAAAAAAAACAGCAAAAUAUGUUCGCUAAUUAUACUUUAGUAAAAUCUGUAACAUAAAUACGAAUGGUGCAAGAUAAAAUUUUUAGGUAUAAUAUGCUUAUUUUUUUAUUUUGUUAAACACAUUUAUAUCGCAGUUAAGUACGCAUUUGCGGCUAGAACAAGAUUUAUUCUUAACAUGAAAAAAUUCAGAAACCCCUGCGAUAUGUAAGGAAUUUAUGAAAUGUAAUUUUCAAGACCCUAAAACGCCCGAAUAUCUCAACCGCGCCAUUUCAGUAUUAGCCUUUCGGGAAACCAUUGAAAACCGGAAUCAAUGUUUAAAAGUUUGACAUUGUUUGGUACAAAUAUAAAACUACAACUAUUAUUGCGUCCAAACCACCUUAAUACAAUGCAUAAUUAUUUUAUGUAGUCAUCUUGCAAGACUUAAAUGUUUUCCAAGCGUUUGAAUAGCUACUUCAGUUAUAUUUGUACCUCCACAGUGCACAAUGAAACUUAGGCAUGGGGGAUAAUAAUGAUACAUGGAAGUGAGUUUAAAUGCUAUAGUGAAAUGAUAACGAAGCAGUAACUGAGGAGACAGAUCGAGAGGAAUGAUUUUAUAAAUCACUAUUGCGAUCACCAAGUAUCCGGGGCUACUAAUUUUCGCUAACAAUUCAUAUAAUAACUGACAAUUAUAAUUUAUUUUAAUUAAUUGUGCCACUUUACAACUACAGAUAAGAUUCUAAACUUUGCUGCUUUCGUUAUAAAUAAAAUAAGUUUCCAAAUACUGCGUUUAGGUUCCUGGCUGGUAGGCAACACGCUUGGGAUUCAGCGCUGUGGUCAAAUACGGAUUCGGCGUUGUGGUCAAGUAUGGAUUCGGCGUUAUGGUCAAUUUGGAUUUCGGCGUUAUCGUCAACUUUGAAUUCGGCGUUAUUGUCAAUUACCGAUUCGGCGUUAUGGUAUUCGGCGUUGUGGUAUUUCGGCGUUAAGGUACUUUUAAGAAACACACAUAAAUUCAUUAAGUUGUUUUCAGUUUGCUCAUGUGGCACUCCCGAAGCAACAUUUUUCGGCGUUGUGGUCAUUCGGCGUUGUGGUCAUUCGGCGUUGUGGUACACAGCAGUUUUCGGGUCGUCGGCGUUGUGGUCAAUUUGGAAUUCGGCGUUAUGGUAUUCGGCGUUAUUGUACGUUCGGCGUUGUGGUAACGACCCGGGCUACACUUCCUGUUGGGGCUGUGGCUGCCCUGAUACAUGAAGGGGAAGCCUCAAUUUCAUUGACCCCCGAUCCAUCCCGAACAUGUCCGAAGUUCGCCACACGGAAUUUAAAAAAAAAACUAUUUUUUUUUUAAUUUUAUACUUUAUCAUAAUUUAAGAACCAAAAAUAAAUAAAUAAAUUUUAAUUUUAACCACAAUCACCGAGACGUGUGAAAAUAAACACCGAAUUGCGAAAAUCUUAUUUAUGUUCACCCCAGCAAUCCAAAACAUAAAUUAACGAGCACUGGGAGUCAAUGAAUCUUAGGUUUCUCGACGCAAACGCCGCGCUUGCUUUGCCGUCUGACUAGAGUUGCUGGCAUCAUCUAGUCGUUAAGUUAGUCUCAAAGCUUGUACUACUCCCAGGGCAGGAAAAGUGUGAAAGACUUGACGCGGUGGGGUCUCCGACAGAGUGUUGUGGAGACGUGGCGGACGUCUCUCUGUAGUGCCAGCUCUCCCAGGGAGGCGAGUCACGUGACUUCCCGCGCUGGAGAACAAUGCUAAGCAGCCUAGUCUGAACCCUCGCUCGCCCAUGUGUUGCAGGCCCUUAGCUAGGCUAGUAGGGUGACCGGAGCCGUAAUUUCUGUACUAAUCUUCAACGGAACCGAGAAUUCCCGGUAUUUCGGUACUAGUAAGUUUUAUUUUAUUAACGGUGCAGCAGUCGGUCAUUGAAGUAGAAAUAGUUAAUUCUGAAAUAUUAAACAAAUUUUAGUGAUCAAAUUUAUAUUGCAAAAAGUAUCUACUAACGUAAACAAAUAACAUUAUUCUCAGCACUACUCUCAAUCUUAUAUUUAAAAAAAAAUUGCUAUAAUGAUGCCAAAUCCCUGAUUUAUUAACGUAAAAUAACAUGUAUUAUUUUAAUAACAAACUUAAAAGAAAUAAAAUAUCGUUAUUUAAAGAACACUGGCACAACAGCCACGGGCACUAACACAGCGACUGGCUGAGGAGCGCCCGCCCCGCGCGACCCUCACUCCUCACUCCCCUCAUCUCCCGUAGAUCGCCUCGCCACUCACCAGAGAGUAUCAAAAGAAAGUAAUCGUAGCGCGCAAUAAAAAUGAAAUUUCAUGCUGCCGAUGUCGAUUCGCAGAAGAACCGGGAAUCGAUUUUAAAUUCCAGGAUCUUUUAUUGUAUCAAAACUACCAGGAAUUUUCGGUACUUUCGGGACCGGGAUCUCCCGGUACUGAACCCUAUACAGGCUAGGUGAAACUGUCCUUGUCCUUUCAAACCAAGAACUGUAACGUCCCCGACACUCUGUGGACGGUCUUAAACAACUGGCAAAAAUUAGAAAAAAAGUUUAAUUGUUGUAACUCGCGCAGAAAACCAACUCGACCCAAACACCGCCCACAGUUCAAGGCCGGGCCAUUUAACGAUACCUAUUAGCAGAGAUCUUAAAAGCAGAAUUGAAUGUGAACGCAAUGUGUUCACCAUGCAAGACCUUAAGUAAGGGCUGGCUAAAUACUGAAAUAAUUUACAAAUUAAAUAAAACAUACUUUAUAUCUGUUUAGAAAGUUUACAAAACAUUGACAAACGCCCUGAGCAGUUUCUUGGAUAUGGAAAUACUCUGUAUGCAAAAAUUAUGCAACGCUUAAAAAAAAUACUAUAUAUAAUAAAAUAUAAAUAUUUUAUCAAAAAUUUAUACGCAUAAAUAUCUUAAAAUACUACUAUAAAAUAUAUUGGCCAUACUAAAUUCACUACUGCAGCCAAUAAAGUUUGUAUUGGGAGGCGAGCUUAUUAUACUCUAAAUUACUAUAGUUCUAAAUAAAAGUCACGUAUUGAUUCGUAGAAAGCAGCUACGCAGAUAUGUGUCUGGACGAGUAUCUGCAGCACAAACAGUGAUGCGCACUGUAACAGUUAAAUGGGAGCGGUUGCUCGUACACCUCGGUAUGACGCCUUUUACCACGUAUUUAAGUAGAAACUUGUUAAACAAAUAAAUCAUGUCCUCCGGCUCAAUUACGCAACAUAGGCCUACCUUCUAUAGAUUGCGUCUAUACAUAAUACGUGAAUAGAAGAAAUCGCCGACAUGAUGAAUCGAAAAAGGGUCUGAUGUUAAUGGCUUUUAAGUUUAUCACUGACGGUAUUCGGCUGAGGUAUUUCAAAAUCCAUUAUCAGUGAUUUCAAGGCAACCGCUACAAAAAAGGUGUCAUUUAUAAAGCAGGCGCGGAGAAAAAAAAUUACUUCUCUGUCAAAACCACACAUAGCGAUAGCAAAGUUAAAUUCACUCGCACUGCACUAGCUGGGAAAUGUCGCUAUCUAGUAUUGGGUCUUACUGGCCAAAGCUUUUCAGAUGUUCUCUUUACCUUGUUUCACGUAGCCGGAGUUCCACGGUGCUGUACAGUGCAUCGCCCGAUAAGCUGCCGUCCUCGCGAGCCGCCGGCCCACACCGUGCGACCGCUAUGCAUCGCAGCCAGUUUCUCUCUCUCACUCACUCUCACUCAGUCCGCAUCGGCCAAACUGUCGCGCGUGAUGUCACUCGCCUCGACGCUCAUGCACACUCCCAGUCGGCAGUUGCAUAAAACAAAGAACUCGCCAAUGUAUUAAAUAACUUAAGUAAACUUACAAUAAACCAAAAUAUAAAAUUAUGGAAUUAAAUAUAAUUUCAGGAUACAAAUUUAUUACAAAAAACUACAUUAAAGAAAGGGGUAGCGAGAGAAUAAAUUUGUGUGAAUUUAACAGCCACAAAUAAAUAGAACCAAAAAUGGCCACAUGGACACGUAGGCACACUGCAGACACUUGCUCAGACAGGGGUCAAACAGUUCUCACAAAUGAGGUAAUGGUCACGUCCAGCUUUGAUGCAGCGUCCACACGUACUUACAAUUAUUACAACUGCACAGUACACCUCACAUUGACUUAAUGAACUAACAAUGGCCAUUGCGUGCAGUUCGGGUCGUAGUAACGUAAACGCGAUGACAGGCAACUAAUGGCACACAACAGGGAAACGGGCAAGAAACUAAAGAUGGCGACGGAGCGCCUCCCGGCCGCGAGGUGGCGCGGACAGUACUGUUCGCAAGGACUGCAAAGGCACCAUUUCCGUUCCGGGGGAGCGGAAGUGGAGUCUACAAUACUACCAAUUCAAAUAUAACUAGCGGUCAGUCUUUCUCUGCAUACCUUAAAAAUAAAAAAACGCAAGUUUUUAACACUGUAAUUCAUACGCCGUCUGUCAAAAAAACAAUGUUAUUCACACACAACGCCGGCGGCGGCUGGCCGUGACGUCACAGGCAGCGGCAGAUGGUACAGACAGGGCUGGGACCCGGGCUUAAUGUAAGGGCCAAAGAGGUACGACGCCACAUUUAGUUGGUAACUCUUUUCUUUAAAAAUAACCUCACUGUGCUUGCAAAAUCGUUCACUUAUGGAUUUUAAAAAGCUUUGUAUCCUCGCCUAUAUCAGUUAAUUGAACUCCCAUUGCUUAUUUAAAAAUAUAUACAUUGUAAACUCGUCGAUUUUGAACGUACUUGUAGUUUAUGUUUUCAUUGAACUGUAUCAUUGUACCAGAAAGUUUUUUUUUUAAAUAUGACUGUUAGCAUUUUACAUUAUUGUUAAAGUAAAUGUUAACUUUUGGUAGCAAAAAAAUUCAAUUAUGAAGCCUGUAUAAAAAAAAUAGCAUGCACCAAUACAAUGAAAUUAAUGUAAAAUUGAAAUUUUUAAAGAAAUAUUUUUGUAAUGAUUUGUAAGAUAAUAAAAUACCAUUUAUGAUAUAAAA